AUGCCGCGCGUCGUCCUCCUCGGCACCUGCGACACCAAGCUCGACGAGCUACUCUACACCCGCGCCCGCAUCCUCUCGCACCCCAACACAACCGUAGAGCUCAUCGACGCAGGCCGCACGCCCACCGCCCACGAAGCCAUCACAAUCCCGCAGUCCCAACUACUAACCCAACAUGCACCCGCCGACGCGCCAGCAGCAGAUGCCAGCACGCUCUCGCGCGGCGCCCUCAACAAGCACAUGGCCGCGUGCGCCGCAAACUACCUCAAGCACGCACUGCGCGCCGCCGACAGCCCGCCCAUCCACGGCAUCAUCAGCCUCGGCGGCAGCGGCGGGACGUCCCUCGCCGCCGCAGCCAUGCACACCGCUCUCCCGCUCGGCUUCCCCAAGCUGAUUGUCAGCACCAUUGCCAGCGGCGACACGGGGCCCGUCGUCGGUGAGGCAGACAUCACGCUGAUGUACAGCGUGGUUGACGUCGCGGGGCUGAACGACCUGCUGCAGUCCGUGCUUGACAAUGCAGCAGGCGCUAUUGCAGGCAUGGCCGCCGCAUAUGCUGUCAGAUCUUCCCAGCCGCCAGCCCCCCGCAAAGCCCGCAUCGGGAUCACAAUGUUCGGCGUGACGACGCCCUGCGUGGAGCGCAUUCUCAAGCACUACGCAGCGCACUACUCAGGCAGCAUCAGCCCGCCCUACGUCUUCCACGCGACGGGCCACGGCGGGCGAGCCAUGGAGGCCCUGAUCGCGCGCAAUGGGCUAGACGGCGUGCUCGACCUCACCACGACCGAGCUCUGCGACCUGUACGCCGGAGGUGCCAUGGCCGCGACGCCGGCGCGCCUCGACGCCGCUGCCACCGCCGCCUUGCCCUGCAUCCUCAGCCUCGGCGCCUGCGACAUGGUCAACUUUGGCCCGCGCGACACCGUGCCCGAACGGUAUGCUGCGCGCCGCUUGUUCGAGCACAACUCUAGCGUUACCCUCAUGCGCACUAACGUCGACGAGUGUCGCGCCGUGGGUGAGUUUGUGGCAAGGAAGUUGAGGUGCGCGAAGGCGCCGCAGCGCGUCCAGGUGUGGGUGCCGCGGGGCGGGGUGAGCGCGCUGGCCGUGCCCGACGGCCCGUUUGCGGAUAGUCAGGCCGACGAGGCGCUAUUUCGGGCUGUCAAUGAGGGGCUGGCGGACAGUGGGAUCGAUGUUGUGGAAGAUGAGAGGGCAAUCAACGACGAAGGAUUCGCGGUGGAUGUGGCAGAGGAGAUGGCAAGGCUGUUGGAGUUGGAGAAAGAUAAUUAA